GAGUCAGGGAGCUCACAUUCGCAUUCUUAGUGGCCAUUCCAGGUCGUUACAUACCACCUAUACUGCAUCAUCUAUAUACUUGUUAAUAGUAAUGGUUAAUAUGCUCUUCUCUCUCCUCUCUACAGCCGCCCUGCUGUGGCCGGCUGUGGCCUCACCCGUGCAGGGCAAGAUCACGCCGCGAGUCUUCAUCUUCUCCAUGUUCGAACCUGAAACUACCAUCUGGUGGGAUCGCCCCGAGUUCGACCUGAAGGCUCGCAACAUCAGCCUGCCCGGUCUGUCGCCCAUCUACCCCGACGUCCACUGCACCCCCGACGGCGACAUCUGCCAGUUGACCACGGGCGAGUCCGAGAUCAACGCCGCCAGCAGCGUGACGGCUCUGGCGCUGUCGCCGCUGUUCGACCUGCGCGAGACGUAUUUCCUCGUUGCCGGUAUCGCCGGUAUCAGUCCCGAGCAGGGCACGACGGGCGCCGUCACCUUUGCCCGUUUCGCCAUCCAGGUCGCCCUGCAGUACGAGAUCGACAUUCGCGAGCUGCCGGACUCGUAUACCACGGGCUACAUCCCCCAAGGCGCCUACUACCCGGGCGAGUACCCGACCAGCAUCUACGGCACGGAGGUGUUUGAGGUCAACGCCAACCUGCGCAGUCUGGCUGCCUCGUUUGCCCGCACGGCGAACCUCUCCGACUCGGCGACUGCCAUCUCCUACCGCGCCAACUAUAACACCAGCGCCAUCUACCAGGCCGCCAUCAACGCUCCCUCCGUCCUGGAGUGUGACGUCGCCACCUCCGACGUCUACUACAGCGGUCUGUUCCUCGGCGAGGCCUUUGACAACACCACCACCCUGCUCACGAACGGAACGGGCGUCUACUGCUCCACCGCCCAGGAAGACAACGCCAGUCUUGAAGCUCUCCUCCGCGCCGCCGUCUAUGGUCUGGUGGAUUUCGCUCGUAUCAUCGUCAUGCGCACCGCUUCCGACUUUGACAGACCCUACCCGGGUGAAGGCGCUGCCGAGCACCUCUUGUACUCUUCUCAGGGCGGGUAUGAGCCUGCUGUCGAGAACAUCUAUCUCGCCGGUAUCAAGGUCGUCGAGGGUAUUCUUGACGGAUGGGAUCAUACCUUCAAGAAGGGUGUCGCUCCUGACAACUACAUCGGUGAUAUCUUUGGCACCCUGGGCGGCACUCCUGAUUUUGGUCCGGGGAGAGUCGAGUCUUUGAUUGAUGCGGGUGUCCUGAGGAGGCGCUAGGCUUCUUGUCUGUACUAAUGUUGUAUAAUGUGUAUAUGUAGUGUUAGUGAAUGAUGAAUCGAUUCUGGUCUGUAUGACUUGUCUGGAAUAUCC